AUGACGGAAGUUCGAAGAAAUAUACCUUCCUUUUCAACUGUUACUUCUAGUUUUAUAUCAUAUAUUAUUUCGUUACCCUUGCUGACUACAACCAUCGCAUGUAUAUCAAUUCUAUUAUAUGUGGUGGAUGCAAUACAAAUAUUUGAAUCGAAAAUUGCUAUUUAUGAAGCGCUAUCACUUUUACCUGAAUCAUUCUUUGACAGCGGGCAAGUGUGGCGUUUGAUUACAUAUCCUUAUCCACAUUAUUCACUUGGCAAUUUACUUUUUAAUUUACUUGCAUUUUUGCCUUUAAGCACAGCAAUAGAACAUACUAUUGGUUCUCUGAUUUUCGGUUAUAAAAAUAUUGGAGUUGGAGGGUUAAGUGCCUGGAUAUUUGGUGUUGUGGUUUGGGAAAGCAGAGAAUUAGCUGGACGUGAAAGAGAUAUAUUUGGAUUAUUUAGAGUUCCGGCACAUUUUUAUCCUAUUGUAUUAUUAUUGUUGAUGGAAAUUUUAUUUAAUCAUUCAUGGUUUGCAAGUCACUUAUGUGGCUUAUUUGUAGGAUAUUUUUAUUCCUUUGGAUAUUUAUCGCAGAUAUUACCAUCUUCGGGAUUUUUUUCAAAUUUAGAAAGUAAAACGGCACUUUCACAUUUGUCAAAUUUACGUGGAUUUGUUAAAGCGGAAGAGGGUAGUAGGGGUGGAUGGUGGUUACCAUUAUGGAGUCAAGAUGUUGAUGAGUUAGAAGAUACGUUGGGAUCUCCUUUUCAUAGUAAUAAUGUUGAUGGCGAAGACGGUCAUGAUAAUCACGAAAACAGUCGUGAUAGUGGUCAUAUUGUUGGUGAAGGUGGUGAAAAUACUUCAACAAGUACACCGCAAAAUGCACGAUCGGCAUCUCCAGACAUAUCAACACCUGUAUUUAUCGUGCCAUCUUCAAAUGAAUCAAAACCUCUUAAAACUACAGUCGACCCUCUUCUACACCAAGAUACUUUUAAAGAUGUAAAGUUAGUAAAUGAUUAA